AUGCAUGAUACGCUGGAUCGAAGAUACUGGGGCGCAUGCAAAGGACGAUCGGCGAUAGACUGCGCAUGGGCUCAAGCAGUGCGUUCAGAAUCUGAUCAGAUGACGCACAGAUAUGGUAUUGUUUUCAUUGCUGGCUGGUCUAAGUACUACGAGACCAUCCCUCUGGAAGUUCUGAAAAUGAAGUUUCUUCGUCAUGGAGCGCCCACGUGCUGGCUCGAACUGGUGUUCAAUAUGUGGCUGAGCCCCAGAGUGAUCAGACUCGGCCGACAUCACUCAGAUGAAGUUCUCUGUGCUCGGCUUGGAUCACCAGCUGGCGAUGCUUACGCUGACUUAGCCGUCAAAGUCAACACCGUGGACGCUUUUGACAUGAUGAUAACUAAGUCGCCGACGAUAGAUUUCCAUACUUACAUUGACGAUUCAGGCCUCCACAAUUCUUCUUCCGAUUUCGACAUAGCGAAAGGUACGGCAGUGGAGGGCAUUCAGCAUUUCUUCGAGGCCAGCAGGCAGAUCAACGCCACCCUGAACGCCGAGAAGCUCGCGAUCAUCUCGACGCACCCGGCCUUGGCUGCAGCCGUGUGUGACGAGCUCGAGCUUCCGAGGUCGGUGAUCAAGCCCAGUGUGUCCUACCUGGGUGUGGACGAGUCUGCUGGUGCAGUUCGGCGACGACAACGAGUGCGACUGAAGCAGCAGUCGAGGUUUGUUGCGAUGAGAAAAAGGAUCCGAAAGGUGCGAACCAUGAGGAAAGGGUUCAAAGGUCCCAAGGAGAUCCCACUCAGGAAGAUAAAUCUGCGCUGCCGUGCCCGUUGGUUUCGUACGAGGUGGACGUCUUGGAUCAGCACGGCAACGCACUAG